AUGUUUUUAAAGUUUUUCAAAGAUCUGAAUUAUUAUUUCUGGUUUGAUGACAGAGACUCAAAAGGUUUCGUGGAGAUAAUCGCAGAGGUGUUCGCAUUCUAUGUCACUAUAGUGCGUGCACAAUAUAAUGAAGGUGAUCGCCACGGAGUUUCAGAGCCAAGCGACUUUGCCAUUGGAAGUGAUUCGGACUUCAGACGGCACAGUGAAAAAAUACAUGAAGACUAUUACAUUUCUAAGCACAUCAAUCAACAAGAUUUCCGGGGAGCAAGUGAUGAUAUAGCUCCCCAUUUCAUCAACCAUAUUGUCAAAACUUCGCGCUCCAGUUCAUAUCACCCAUCUGUAAUCUUAGACAGGAGUGCUAGAUCAGUUCCUAUAGCACCAAACUUACGGCCCCUUCCAUACAAUCCCAAUCUGAGACCUAUACCCUCUGACCCUAACCUUCAUCCCAUACCCUCAAGUCCCCCAAACUUAAAACCGAUACCUUCAGAUCCAAAUCUUAGGCCUAUACCCUCUGACCCUAGCUUGCAUCCCAUACCCUCAGAUCCCAAUGUCCAGCCAAUCCCCUCAGAUCCAAAUUUAAAACCUAUUCCUUCAGAUGACAAUCUUAGACCUAUACCUACUGACCCUAAUCUCCACCCCAUACCAUCAGAUCCGAAUUUAAAACCCAUACCUUCAGAUCCCAACCUUAGACCUAUACCCUCUGACCCUAACCUCCAUCCCUUACCAUCAAAUCCCAUUGUCCGUCCGAUCCCUUCAGAUCCAAACAUAAAACCGAUACUUUCAGAUCACAAUCUUAGACUUAUACCAUCUGACCCUAAUCUUCGUCCAAUACCCUCAGAUCUCAAUGCCCAGCCUCUACCUUCAGAUCCAAACUUAAGGCCCAUCAGUUGA